UGGAUGGAGCGGCCAGGGCGGGUGGCCGGGCGCGCACGCAGGCGCAGGCCACGUGGGUCGGGCCAGGACAGAUGCGCUUCCCGGAGCUGCCUGGUUGCGGCAGGCCCCCCACCUGCGGUGGAUGCCGCCACUGCUGAGUCAAGGAGGAAACCGUCAAGGCACAGAACUUUCUCGCGGGCGGCCGGGCUUCGUUAGCGCCACCCGCGCUCCAGACACCUCCGCGAGCGGAGCGCGGGCGGAGGCGUCCCCCUGGGCCGGGCUGCCCGGCGGGCGUGGGGGUCUGGUCCCCAGCUACAGCGACGCCGGCCGCGCCCCUAUUCCCGCCCCAUCACGCGAGGUCCCACGCCGAGCCCAGAGCGGCCCGGGUGCAGGCGGAGAGCGGGGAAGGAUGGAGACAAUGAACAAACCGGCCACUGGAAUACCGUUUGGCAAAUUCCGUUGCUGUCAGUGUCACGCCCUGGGUGGCCAUGCCCCAGCACACGAUGGGGGAUAAGCCCCUUGCCUCGAUGCCACAGCUGGUUUUCUCCAGCCCACCCUUGGCCCUGGAGGACGGAUGUGGCCUUACCCCCCCCAGCAGGCGGGCGUCUCUGGGCUCGCCCCUGGGCCACCUGCAUCCAGCAGCCCACAACCCCCUGGACUCCAGCAGCCAGCUUCUGUGUGAGCCACCGGCUGAGAAGCGCGGCCCCCGGGCAGCCCGCGAGGUGCGCUAUGUGUCAGCAGGACCACAGAGCAUGGAGUGUGGCUGGUGGACUUUCGCCCCCAAAUGCCUGCAGGCCUUCAACACGCCGUGGGGCUUCCUGCUGUUCCUGAGCGCGGCCUCCUUCCUGCAGGGCAUGACGGUGAAUGGCUUCACCAACACAGUCAUCACCUCCAUCGAGCGACGGUUCGACCUGCACAGCUACCAGAGUGGCCUCAUCGCCAGCAGCUACGACCUGGCCGCCUGCCUCUGCCUCACCUUCGUCAGCUACUUUGGGGGCAGUGGACACAAGCCCCGCUGGCUGGGCUGGGGCGUGCUGGUCAUGGGGGCGGGCUCCUUGGUGUUCGCCUUGCCCCACUUCACCGCUGGCUCCUACCAGGUGGAGCUGGACCAGGGCAUCGGGACAUGCCCGUCCAACCGCAGUGUGGCGUGUGGGGACAGCACCUCGGGCCUGUCCAGCUACCGGCUGGUCUUCAUGCUGGGCCAGUUCCUGCACGGUGUGGGUGCCACGCCGCUCUACACGCUGGGCGUCACCUACCUGGACGAGAACGUCAAGUCCAGCUACUCACCCGUCUACAUCGCCAUCUUUUACACAGCGGCCAUCCUCGGCCCCGCGGCUGGCUACCUGAUCGGAGGCGCCCUGCUGAACAUUUACACGGAAAUAGGCCGACGGACGGAGCUGACCACCGAGAGCCCGCUGUGGGUUGGCGCCUGGUGGGUGGGCUUCCUGGGUGCUGGUGCUGCCGCCUCUCUCAUCGCGGUCCCCAUCCUCGGCUACCCACGGCAGCUGCCAGGCUCCCAGCGCUACGUGGUCAUGAGAGCAUCUGAAACACACCAGUUGAAGGACAGCAGCCACACAGCGGCCAGCAACCCCGACUUUGGGAAAACCAUCAGAGACUUACCUCUCUCCAUCUGGCUCCUCCUGAAGAAUCCCACCUUCGUCCUGCUCUGCCUGGCUGGGGCCACCGAGGCCACCCUCAUCGCCGGCAUGUCUACCUUUGGCCCCAAGUUCCUUGAGUCCCAGUUCAGCCUGAGUGCCUCAGAAGCGGCCACCUUGUUUGGAUACUUGGUGGUACCGGCGGGCGGCGGUGGCACCUUCCUGGGCGGCUUUUUUGUGAAUAAGUUCAAGCUCCGUGGCUCGGGCAUCAUCAAGUUCUGCCUGCUCUGCACCCUGACCAGCCUGCUGGCCAUUUUGGUCUUCUUCACACACUGCCCCAACGUGCCCAUGGCGGGUGUGACAGCCAGCUACAGCGGGAGCCUCCUGCCCGAGGGCCACCUGGACCUGAUGGCUCCCUGCAACGUCGCCUGUGGCUGCCGGCCAGAACACUACAGCCCCGUGUGUGGCUCCGAUGGCCUCGUGUACUACUCACCCUGCCACGCGGGCUGCUCUGAGGCGGCCGUGGCUGGCCCGGGCGGCCAGAAGGUGUACCGAGACUGUAGCUGUGUCCCUCAGAAUUUUUCCUCUGGUUUUGGCAGUGCUACUGCAGGGAAAUGCACUUCAACUUGUCAAAGAAAGCCCCUCCUUCUGGUUUUCAUAUUCGUUGUAAUUAUCUUUACAUUCCUCAGCAGCAUUCCUGCGCUAACGGCAACUUUACGGUGCGUCUGUGACCAGCAGAGAUCCUUCGCGCUGGGAAUCCAGUGGAUUGUGGUUAGAACUCUAGGUGGCAUCCCAGGGCCCAUCGCCUUUGGCUGGGUGAUCGACAAGGCGUGCCUGCUCUGGCAGGACCAGUGCGGCCGGCAAGGCUCCUGCUUCGUGUACCAGAACGCGGCCAUGAGCUGGUAUAUGCUCGUCGCCGGGCUGGUGUAUAAGGUGCUGGGUUUCCUUUUCUUUGCCAUUGCCUGCUUCCUGUACAAGCGCCCCUCGGGGGCUUCCCACGGCCUGGAAGCUUCUCUGCCCAGCCAGUCCUCAGCUUCCGACAACCCCACAGACCUCCAGGAUGCCUCCUCAGCCGUCCAGCUCCAGAGUGACGUCUGAUGGCCCAUCUGCCACUCCAGGUCUGGGCCAAAACACCGUCCAAUUUCUCCCCAGAAGGGCUGAGCCCUCACCAAUGGCUCGCCCAGCACUGAGGACCCCCUGAAAAUCUCCCAUUGAAUUCUGGGAGACCCAACCCAGGGGUCACACAUGUCUGAGCCUCAAAGGAAGCAAGGAGAAAGAAUGCGAGACACAUCCAAAAUGCACACAGCAGGGAGCGGGCUGACCGACUGGCUCGGAAGGAGCAGGGCCAGCGGUGCCACCCGCCACUCGACCCCGUCCCUGAGGGACAUGGCGCUGCCUCGCUACCCUCCCCUUCCUUCCCCUCCCCUCCUUCUUCCCAGCCAUUUCACACUCUGGAUUUUCCCCAGUGGACGUAGCCAAACAGCGUUGAUGGAACUCAGGAGCCCUGGACACAUGGGCCGAGCUUUUAAAAACCUGUGCAGUCUUGACUUAACUCCGUUGGAAGCUAUAAAAUGUGCACAGACCGAGCUGAGCCGCACCCCAUCUCCCUCAACUCUUCGUAAAUGGCUGCUGUGGGAGGCUGGCGGUGCCACAGUUUAUCAGUUGUGCUAUGAGGUUGGUGCACACCGGGCUUGCACACGUUCUCACUGAUUGUGCAGACACUGGUGGUGCCACUCGGUGGAAAGUACAGAGCACUGUCGCCCACCGUGGGGUGCUGGUGGCCCGGUGCUGCCUCUGACGGAGCCCACAGCUUUGCAGCUGCGGCCCUUGACUUCCUGUGUUUGUCCUGAUGGAGGGAAAGCUGGCGUGAGACCAUUUCCUGUGAUCCACAUGGAGCCUUCAAAACCUGCUGUCACCGCCUGUCCUGGCAUGGGAGCAACUUGCAUAAGCAUAUCUUUAUGGACCCAUAUUUUGCAUAAAUACUUAUUUAUAGAACUUGUUUUUUACCUGAUCGUGUGGUGGGCAGAGGGCACGUGCAGCAGGCACCUGGAGGGCAUCGGCGGGCU